AUUUUUUUUUUAAUUUUAAUUAGUUUUUAAUUUAUUUUUAUCUCUGUUUUAUUUUUUCUUACCCUCCCAAACCAUUUGAAAACCCCGAGAAAGAGAGAAGACACCUCUUUUCUCCUUCUGCUCACCGAUGAGCUAAAAAGAAAUUUAAAAAGUAGAAAUUAUCAUUUCUUGGCCUGCUUAAAGAAAAAUCAAAUUAAACCCAUUGCAGUUUCAAAACUCCAUCGUCUUCUUCCUCUUUAGCUCCUUGGAUUACGUUUCUAGUUUUGUCGAUUUUGAAUCUCGGUUUCUCCGUACAUCUGAAAGAAGGGAAAAACUUUAACUACCGUUCUGGGUUUUAGGCUUUUUUUUUUUUUUUUUUUUGGUUUUUCCUGAAAAGAGUGGAUCUUUAACAGCUGGUCGUAUCUGCAUGGUUCAAUCUCAAUCUGGGUCUUGUUCCUUCAUUAUUUAUAUUUUGUUUUCUGUUUUUAUUUUUGUGUAAAUUUAAAAAAUGGUUACUUUUUGUCAGAUUCCCAUAGAAAUCUAAAAGGGGUGUUUUUUUCAACUUACUGUCUCUAUUUGCUUCCGAUGUGUUCAAUACACUGUCUCUUUGCCGCUCCUAUAGAUCUGUUUCCAGAUUCUGCUUGAUCCAUCUCCUUAUUCAAGCUCUGAACAUCCGUGAGAAGGUACUUGUUUGCGUCUCAAUGUUCAGAGAUUGAACCUCAGAUGAUGCUUGGAUUCUGCAAAACGCGUCGGAUCUUUGUAGGGUUUAUAAGAAUUUCGCCUCUUGUUCUUGUGUUUGUGAUGUGUUGUGGUGCUGGAAACUGCGGGAGCUCGCUAGAGGUUCAUCAUGGGGUUGUGCCUCGAAGGUGUUUGUAGUUUUGCCAGAGUGAUGGGAAACGGAACUUCCCGCGUGGUCGGUUGCUUCGUGCCGUCGAAUGAGAAAAACGGCGUUGAUUUGGAGUUUCUGGAGCCCUUGGAUGAAGGUUUAGGCCAUUCCUUUUGCUACGUUAGGCCAAGCAUCUUCGAGUCUCCGGAUAUCACUCCUUCUAACUCGGAGAGGUUCACGAUUGAUUCAAGCACCCUUGACUCCGAGACACUCAGCGGAUCUUUUCGGAACGUGGUCGUUGAUGAUCCUUCUUUCUUGCACAGACACAACAGUAAAGGUUUGGCGGAGACUACGUUUAAGGCUAUCUCGGGUGCUUCGGUUAGUGCCAAUGUUUCCACGGCUAGGACUGGGAAUCAGAUGGCAUUGUGUUCAAGUGAUGUGUUGGAGCCUGCUGCUUCAUUCGAGAGCACGUCCUCCUUUGCUUCGAUUCCUCUGCAGCCGCUCCCUCGUGGUGGUUCGGGACCUUUGAACGGGUUCAUGUCAGGACCCCUGGAAAGAGGCUUCGCAUCUGGUCCUUUGGAUAGAAACAACGGUUUCAUGUCAGGGCCUAUAGAGAAAGGAGUCAUGUCUGGACCUCUUGAUGUAUCUGAUAAGUCUAAUUUCUCGGCCCCGCUUUCUUUUAGACGGAGGAAGCCUCGGUUCCAGCGGUUUGUGAGGAGCGUAAGCGGACCAAUGAGAAGUACACUAGCGAGGACGUUUUCUAGACGGUCUGGAGGGUUAAGUUGGAUGCAUCGCUUCUUCAUGCAACCAGACUCUAGGGUUUCCUGGCCGGUCGGAAAGGAUGGCAAGUUACACGAGGAAGACCCGGAAAGUUGUCUGGAGAGCAACCGUAACUUGCAAUGGGCUCAUGGGAAGGCUGGAGAAGACAGGGUUCACGUUGUGCUUUCGGAGGAACAAGGAUGGCUCUUCAUAGGGAUUUAUGAUGGGUUUAGUGGACCGGAUGCUCCAGAUUUCGUAAUGAGUCAUCUGUACAAAGCUAUAGACAAGGAACUGGAAGGUCUUCUCUGGGAUUAUGACGAGCCAUCUGUAGAUAAUCCGUUGCAGCCAGACCAAGAACCUCUUUCCACAGAAGAUAACUCGUGUGAUCCGGAAACUAUUAGCCAGCAGCAUUCGGAGUCAGUAGUGGCAGCAAGUGAAGAGGUUAUGACUGUUAAUGACAUUAGCCUUGGAAACGCCGAUACUCAGAUUGCUGAUGGUCCUCCACCUGGAAGUUUAGCAGGUCCUGGCAAGAAAAGCAUGAGACUUUACGAGCUACUUCAAUUGGAACGGUGGGACGACGAAGAAAUCCGACUGAAACAUUCUCAUGGAGGAACUGAUAUGACCAAUCAGGUUGAAAAUCCAUCAACUUCUGGUGGAGGAGCUGAAAACGAUCCGUGUACCACCGAGGGUAGUGUUCUUGAUGGGCUUCCGACCUCAGAACAAAGCCAUGGGACUAGAAAAUCGCAGAUAAGCUCUAAGAUAAAAAGAAUGUAUCAAAAGAAGAAGUCUUUACGGAAAAAGCUGUUUCCUUGGAGUUAUGAUUGGCACAGGGAAGAAGGGACUUGCGUUGAAGAGAAGAUAAUGGAGUCGUCAGGACCAAUUAGGAGGCGCUGGUUAGGAACUGUAGACCAUGAUGCUGUUCUAAGAGCAAUGGCUAGAGCACUAGAGAGUACUGAAGAGGCUUACAUGGAAAUGGUAGAGAAGUCUCUUGACAUAAACCCAGAGCUUGCUCUGAUGGGUUCAUGUGUUCUCGUAAUGCUAAUGAAGGAUCAAGAUGUUUACGUGAUGAAUGUUGGGGACAGUCGAGCGAUCUUAGCUCAAGAAAGGCUCCAUGAUCGUCACUCUAAUCCCGGGUUUGGAAAUGAGGAGGGUAUGGGGCAUAAGAGUAGGUCCAGAGAAUCGCUUGUCCGUAUGGAACUGGAUAGGAUAUCAGAGGAAUCUCCGAUACACAAUCAAACCACUCAGAUCAGCGUCACAAACAAAAACAGAGAUGUAACUUCUUACCGGUUAAAGAUGAGAGCCGUUCAACUCUCAAGUGACCAUAGCACAAGUGUCGAAGAGGAAGUUUCGCGUAUUAGAUCCGAACAUCCGGAAGAUGACCAAUCCAUACUCAAAGACAGAGUCAAAGGCCAACUCAAAGUCACUCGAGCAUUUGGUGCUGGAUUUCUCAAAAAGGUUGUUGCUCACGUGACUUGGUUCAUCGAAAACGUUCCUGAAGGUGAUCCUGCUCAAUACCUCAUUGCAGAGCUUCUCUCUCGUGCAGCCACCAAGAACGGGAUGGAGUUUCAUGAUCUGUUGGAUAUACCUCAAGGAGAUCGAAGGAAGUACCAUGAUGAUGUCUCUGUGAUGGUUGUGUCCCUUGAAGGAAGGAUUUGGCGGUCGUCUGGACAAUAUUAUCCAGAGAGAAAACAAAAAUUCAAUAGAUGAAUUAACAACAAUCAACAACAACAACCAAAAAUUAGGAUUUCUUGUAAUUGGCUUUAUUGUUCUCAAACAAUCUUUUCAGUUUCCAGAAGUAAAAGAAAAGAAAAAGAAGGCUUAAUUUUCUAUUUCUAUGAUUUUCAACAGAAGAUGAACCAAAAAUGUCGUAUAUUUAUG